AUGAAGAACUCUGGCAUACACCCCGCGAACCGGGACGAGCCACCGACGUACGAGGAGGCGACGUCCAACAUCGACUUGCGGGUCGUUGCAGCGCCCGCCUCGCCCCACGAUCCUCCUGCAGAGGCAACCCCAGUGGCCGACCAGGGCGUAACUUGUCACCUCACCUCGGCAGCUGCAAGCGUACGCACUGACCUCGGGUGCGCCGCGGUCGAUGUGAAGCGCGAGCUAAAGGUGGCGGGGGAGGAGGUGGCCAAGGAGUUGGCGGACGCGUAUACCGAGGUGCAGAAGGGGAUUGCCGAGGUCGGGCGGAGUUUGUUUGGCUUCGGACAGGGGCCGUGUCCCUCUCGCUCAAAGUGCAACCGGCGCUCGAGUUGCGGUCGUUCGCUCACGGGCUGCAAGCGCAAGGAGAAGUGCUAG